AACACAUACGAAAUAAACUCUUGCACUGCGUUUUGUUGAAUACUCAAAUGAAAGAAGAAGAAAAAAACAACUUCAUAAAUUUCGCAAUUUCUUUUUUUUUCUUUUUAAUUUGCUUACCAAAAAAAACUGUUUAAUUUUUUAAUGAAAACAAACGCUUAAUUUUAUGUAAACAUAUAACAUUUUUUUUUAAACAAAACAUAAAUAAUAUUUCGUCCGAACGAUCAUCUGUUAUUGGCCAACAUCAAAUAUUCGAAAGAGACAGAUACUGAGACAGAGAGAAUCAAAUGAAACAUAACAAUAUUCGAAGUGUAUGUGUGUCAAUAAAGAAGAAAUUCGGAAUAGAAAAUUCAAUGAAAACACAGUGUACAAAUAUUACAAAUUAUAUCGUAUCCGAAAUGCAUUAGAAAUAAUAAUGUUUAGUUUAUUCUAAUUGUACUUCAAUUGUGUGCUGGCUCAAUUAAAAAGUCAACGAGUUCCCUGUACAAAGAAAACAAAAUUGAAUAAAAUAUCUAUUUAAAAAAAAACCAUAUUGAGUGACACCAAUAAACACACGUUAAAGGUGAACAUUAAGCUACAGCGUACGCUUCUGAAAUCAAAUCGAACGAUAUAAACGCGAAGGCACAGAAACGUGAUAAUUUUUCUGUAGAUCUUCAUUUUUGUGUGUUUUUUUUUGUUCGUUCGUCUCGUUGUUAUUUCUUUAAAAUCCGUGAAUUUUUUUUCUUUUUCACAAUUGUAUUUGUGUCGAUUGAAAAAGGUCAUUUAAUGAAGGCGAUAAAGAACAAGUGGUGCUUUUGAUUUGAUGUGGUGUACACAAGUAAAUGGCAUGGAAUUUGUAUAAAGGUGUCAAUUUAAGCCAACAGGCACGGUGUACAAUACCACAGCUUUGAAAACAAAACAACAACAACAACAACAAAAAUUGUUGGUUCGUCGAUGAAAUUGCGCGACGAUUCAAGAAGCAACACGAAAUCAAAGCUGAACAAACCAGCAACUUAUCAACAUAAGAAAAAAAAAAGUAGAAGAAUUAAGUAGACGUCACAAUAGAUUCCGUGCAUUUAAGUGAAAACACAACAACAUAAACAAGAAAUAUCGAAAGGGUUACGAUGUCGAUGAGAACAAAAAUGCUGGGUUUUGUUGAUGUGAUAUUGCGUGUACCGCCAAUUUUCAUCAUUGAUGAAAUACUAAAGAUUAGUAUGGGACUACCAUUUUCAACACAAAAUGACUCCAACAUACUGGUCAAUGGCCAAAUUCCAAUCGAUCAGACCACAACAUCAUCCCCGGCUGGCGCUGCGAGUGAUAACCAUCUAUUCAAUGGCACCAUCAAUAGUAAUUUUAGUAGUAGUAAUAGCAGCUUAGAUCAAAUUCUAAAUACAACGUCAGCUGAAUUAUUCGGUGAUGCUAUGUCAGCGGGUUCCGUCGAUGACACCGAAUUUUACAAAUUAAUAUCAUUGACCAGUUUAAAAUUUACAUCAUGUUUAUUAGGAUGUCUCAGCGCCGCCUGUAUAUUUAUGUUAUGGACAAGGCACUUGGUUAUUGUUUAUAUGUACAUAGUAUCAAUAGGUUUAAUAUUUCUAUCUUAUUGGAGCAAUGUAUCUGCGAUAGCGUUGAUUGGUGAUGGGCCAUGUUUGCUGGAAGAUAUUUUGGCAUUGAAUGUAAAUCGUUUGAUGGAUCCGCGUGGUGUUGCUGUUGCCAUACUACCGCACCUAUUUGCCCAAUGGAUAAUUGGGAAAAUAUUCUCGUAUAUACAUUUGGGACCGAAAUACAAAAGCAUUCAAACAUUGUUGCCCGUUAGCUUUCUAAUGCCAUUGUUGCUAGCCAUGUUACCAUUACCCCAGCCAAUACUCAAACAUUCCCCCGCAUUUGCCGCUAUAAUGCCUUUGGCUCUAUCGAAAAUUGCACUAUGGAGUUCAUCAUUUGAUAUAAUUAAAACGCUAUUGAAUGGUUAUGAGCAUGCAAAAAAUUUUGCCACCAAUUUCGGGCUAUCGGCAUUGGUUGAAAAUGAAUGGCAACGCUUGAAUGUGCCAUGUGUGCUACGAGCUUUUUGGACCAUUAGAAUUGGUGAACAUUUUAUGACGCUUAUGCUAUCGUCAAAGGACACACUAUCCUAUUGGACAACAAUGCAAAAUCUGUUGGUCAGUGGCUGUGAAACGUUAACGGCAGUGCUUGGCAUGACCAGCAUUGUAUCGCUGAUUUGUUAUUAUAUUGGAAAAAUGUUUCAGUGGUUCUUAUUAUCCGAAGAUUACGAUGAGGAUAAAUCGAUUGGAACCGUAUCGGCAAUUUUAUUCUAUAUAUUGGCACUUCAAACGGGUCUCACAUCAUUGUCGCCCGAAAAACGUUUCAUUCGAUUGUGUCGCAAUUUUUGUCUAUUGAUCACCGCUUUACUACACUUUUUGCAUAAUAUCGUUGCACCGAUUUUGAUGUCAUUGAGCGCAGCACGAAAUCCAUCACGAAAACGACAUAUUCGCGCCUUAUGCGUUUGUGGUUUUCUAUUAGUUGCACCAAUUGUAUUAUUAACCGCUCUAUGGUCACGACAUCCACCGUCAACAUGGCUGCUAGCUGUUACAGCAUUUUCAAUUGAAGUCAUCGUCAAAGUUUUGGUUAGUCUUGCAACAUACACGCUUUUCCUGUUGGAUGCCAGACGUCAAACAUUCUGGGAAAAAUUAGAUGACUACGUUUACUAUAUAAAAGCCUUUGGAAAUUCCGUUGAAUUCUGUUUCGGAAUAUUCUUGUUCUUCAAUGGAGCCUGGAUUCUCCUAUUUGAAUCAGGUGGUGCAAUUAGAGCUUUUAUGAUGGGCAUUCAUGCCUAUUUCAAUAUUUGGUGCGAAGCACGUGCUGGAUGGGCAGUAUUCAUGAAACGACGAACGGCCGUUCAUAAAAUCUCCUCACUUCCAGAGGCCAGCUAUCAACAAUUGGAACAAUUUGAUGACGUUUGUGCUAUCUGCUAUCAGGAAAUGACAUCAGCCAAAAUCACUCGAUGCAAUCAUUAUUUCCAUGGUGUUUGUUUGCGUAAAUGGUUGUACGUUCAAGAUCGAUGCCCAUUUUGCCAUGAAAUAAUUAUGAAACAAGAACCAGCCAACUCAGCGUCACAAUCAAAUGAACAAAAUGAUAAUCAAAAUAAUAAUUUGGAAAACGAUAAUGAUGGGGUCGAGGUAUUUCAAGAGAAUCUUAACUAGAUAUACAGUUUUUUAUUGUUAUUUAUUUGCUACAAAAAAAAAUCAACCACAGAUAACAAUAAUAAUGCAGAAAGAAUUUGUUUGGAAAAAUACAAAAAACAAAGAAAAUCACACACAAAACAGAGAUCUUUUCAAAUUAUCCAAAUAAUUCACACAAAUAUAAUCUGAUAUACAUAUAUAGGCUCUAUAUUAUAGAGAGAGAGAUUUUUUUUUUUCGAGCACCUGAAUAAAUAACCAACGCUAGUGAAUCAUUGAAUGUGUAAAUUUAAAUCUGAAGAGUGUCCACAUGCGUGUUGAUGACUGAACGUUUUUGAAAAUAUAGAACCACUCAAUGUCGAAUCGAGCUGUUAUUUUAAUGAAAAGACCAUUCGAUCGUAAGGAAUACAAAUGAUAGCAUCGUUAUACUCUUGAAUAAAACAGAAAAAAAAACAAACGAAGCAACAAAAAUAAAAACAAUCACUGAACUUUGAUAAAAGAUAAUUAUUUUGUAUUUUCAAUCAGAAAAAAAAAUACAAACGAUGGAUUGUAAUGAUUUGAAUUUGAAGUGAAAAGCGAUACCUUUAAUUUUGACAUAAGUUUUGAAAUGAAAAAAGAAGAUAAUUGUAUAUUAUAAGACAUUAUAAAUGUAAUAAAAUAAUUCUACUGGUCGUAAGUCGUAGUAGUUUGUUUGAUUAUUUCCAUUUGAUUAAAAAAAAAAAUUGACAAUUUUCAACAGCGGAUAUUCUCGAAUUAUGAGUCAAAUUAUUGUUGUAAAAACAAUCUUGGUAGAAACGAAAUCAAAUUCUGGGGGAAAAAUGUAACAAUGGUGAUGUUUUUCAUUGGAUUAUUGAUUGGCAAAA